AUGACCGCCUCCGAUCGGACACCCCCGCCAGACGAAAGAGAGAGCUCGCUGUGGAUGGAUAAUACCAGGGACCGGGUAUUGGACAGGUUCUACUGGCCUGGGGUAAAGAGGGACAUAGAGGACUACUGCCGAGCCUGCCCCGGAUGCCAACACACCGCCCUGAGACCUUCGGUACGUAACCCCCUGAUACCCAUGCCCCUGAUAGAAGUCCCAUUCGACAGACUGGCGUUAAACAUCGUAGGCCCCCUCCCCAAGACAAUCAGUUUAUUUCACUGUGACUACGGCUUUGACUACUGGGGUAAAGGGACCUUGGUCACUGUUACAGGAGCGGUGAAAGCCCCCACUGUCUUUCCGCUGGUCCAGUGUGGCUCAGGGACGGGAGAAGUCACUAUUGGCUGCAUGGCAACUGGCUUCACGCCGGCUUCACUCACGUUUAAAUGGGAGUUUGGAGGAAGCGAACUGGCAGACGCCGUUCAGUACCCGACCUCUAAGAAAGAUAACCAGUAUACAGGAGUCAGCCAGAUCCGCGUCAGGAGACAGGACUGGGACACCCAGAAGCCUUUUACCUGCUCUGCGGUACACGCUGGCGGAACUGCCACGGCCGAUGUUGUAAAACAAGUGGAGCGGGUUAUCUCUCCAAAUAUCACCCUGUACCCGGUCUGGACCGGCCAGUCUUGGGCCUCGGAGCUGAGCCUGGUGUGCUCUCUUAGUGGAUUCUAUCCAGACAAGGUGAGUGUGGAGUGGUUACUGGACGGCCGUGUGCCAGAAACAAGCCCAGUCCAGAACAAGCUGCAAAGUGUUGCGGAAGUGGGGAAAACAUUCACCCUCAACAGCAAGAUUCAGCUGAAAAUUGAGGAGUGGAAAAAGGGCCCAACUGUUCAGUGCAAGUCAAAAUAUGGACAUGGCAAGGAGGAGACAAGAAACAUCAGUAUCUGUGCAAUUUAUUCAUACCCACCAUCCGUUCAUCUAACGACUCCCAGCUUCAAGACGGUCUUCGAGGCAGGAUCAGAUGUCACAGCAGCAUGUGUGGUACACACUGCGUUUGACGUCAAUGUGACAUGGCAUCUGGAUGGCAAAGCACUAACAACACCCAACCUUGUGACCGAGGUUAAAGAGGGAGCUUUAACCAGGAGCAACCUCACAGUCUCCCCUAGCCAUUGGAAGAAACUAAACUCCAUCACAUGUCGGGCAGAGCACUGCUUCACUACUGUUGAAAAGAACAUGAGUGUGGCAGACAGUCGAUGGACAACGGAAAUUGUGGAGCGGGUUAUCCCUCCAAAUAUCACCCUGUACCCCGUCUGGACCGGCCAGUCUUGGGCCUCGGAGCUGAGCCUGGUGUGCUCUCUUAGUGGAUUCUAUCCAGACAAGGUGAGUGUGGAGUGGUUACUGGACGGCCGUGUGCCAGAAACAAGCCCAGUCCAGAACAAGCUGCAAAGUGUUGCGGAAGGGGGGAAAACAUUCACCCUCAACAGCAAGAUUCAGCUGAAAAUUGAGGAGUGGAAAAAGGGCCCAACUGUUCAGUGCAAGUCAAAAUAUGGACAUGGCAAGGAGGAGACAAGAAACAUCAGUAUCUGUGAUAUUUAUUCAUACCCACCAUCCAUUCAUCUAACGACUCCCAGCUUCAAGACGGUCUUCGAGGCAGGAUCAGAUGUCACAGCAGCAUGUGUGGUACACACUGCGUUUGACGUCAAUGUGACAUGGCAUCUGGAUGGCAAAGCACUAACAACACCCAACCUUGUGACCGAGGUUAAAGAGGGAGCUUUAACCAGGAGCAACCUCACAGUCUCCUCUAGCCAGUGGAAGAAACUAAACUCCAUCACAUGUCGGGCAGAGCACUGCUUCACUACUGUUGAAAAGAACAUGAGUGUGGCAGACAGUCGAUGGACAACGGAAAUCGUGGAGCGGGUUAUCCCUCCAAAUAUCACCCUGUACCCCGUCUGGACCGGCCAGUCUUUGGCCUCGGAGCUGAGCCUGGUGUGCUCUCUUAGUGGAUUCUAUCCAGACAAUGUGAGUGUGGAGUGGUUACUGGACGGCCGUGUGCCAGAAACAAGCCCAGUCCAGAACAAGCUGCAAAGUGUUGCGGAAGUGGGGAAAACAUUCACCCUCAACAGCAAGAUUCAGCUGAAAAUUGAGGAGUGGAAAAAGGGCCCAACUGUUCAGUGCAAGUCAAAAUAUGGACAUGACAAGGAAGAGACAAGAAACAUCAGUAUCUGUGCAAUUUAUUCAUACCCACCAUCCGUUCAUCUAACGACUCCCAGCUUCAAGACGGUCAUCGAGGCAGGAUCAGAUGUCACAGCAGCAUGUGUGGUACACACUGCGUUUGACGUCAAUGUGACAUGGCAUCUGGAUGGCAAAGCACUAACAACACCCAACCUUGUGACCGAGGUUAAAGAGGGAGCUUUAACCAGGAGCAACCUCACAGUCUCCUCUAGCCAGUGGAAGAAACUAAACUCCAUCACAUGUCGGGCAGAGCACUGCUUCACUACUGUUGAAAAGAACAUGAAUGUGGCAGGAUCACUCUCCCAUAGCCAGCCUUCAGCUUUGCUUCUGCAGGGGCCAAAUGAGCUGGUGUGCCUGGCUUACGGAUUCAGCCCUGCGUCCAUCAACAUCACCUGGCUACUCGACGGCACCACACAGCUCAGGAGUUACAAUACUACUGAACCUCACAGAGGUCCAAAGGGGAAGUUCAGCAUCCAAAGCCGACUCCCUCUUUCCCCCAACGAAUGGCUACCUGGGCAGAUGUACACCUGCAGGGUGAACCAUUUUAACGGAAACAUAGCCCUGAACAUGUCCAAACCAGAGAUUCUUGAAGAAAGUGUGUUAUUUGACGAGAACAAACAGGUUUAUGUCCAAGACAUGGGGGAGGACAACUGGAUGAUGACCAUUACCUUCCUCCUCCUGUUCUUUGUCUCCCUUUUCUAUGGCAUCUUGGUCACGGUUAUAAAGACAAAGUGAGAAGGACCUCAAGAAACAUCUAGUGGAUCCUGUAAUGUGAAGCAGAGGAUGCAAAGGAAGCAACUAUUUCCAUUAGAGCAAUGAAUUAUAACUGAUGUAUGAUGAUAAUGUUAUGUGACUAGCCAUAAAGAAUAUGAUAAUAAAAAAUACAGAAUAAAAUAAAAAUGAUAUCAGUGGUACCUGGAAAAUUCUAAACAUUGUAUUAGGAUAUAAACCAUAAAGUGGAGUCAAGGGAGUCUAUAUACAGCCUGCUUUGAUUUAUUGAGUCAAGAUAAUGGAACCUUAAAGAUUUAAUAGUUGACUGAUUUCUGGUAAUUUACAUUACCAGAAAAUGUAAAGAUUCCUUUUACAUUAGAAAGUGAUACUUCUUACCUACACUGGAAAAAGGGUUUUAAGCCGUACUUAAUCUGAUUAUUAUUUUGUAAUUCAAUUCAAAUAAACAUUUUUUGUUUUAUUUUUAAAAUAACUUUUUUUUUAUUUCAAAAUACUGUGAAAUAUAGAUAUUUUUAAUUAGGAGCUCAAUUAAGAAAUAUCCAUUUUGACAAAUGUGAAAUUUUAAGGUUGUGUAUUCAACUGAUUAAUAAUUUUGUCAUUCAAUCCAAAUAUUUUUUUUUUGUUUUCUUCCUAAACCACUGUUAUAUUUAAUUAGGAGCUCAAUUUAGAAAUAUUUGUUCAGACAAAUGUACAAUUUCAAGGUUACGUACAAGCCUGCGCAUGCGCAUUAAAUACAAAGACGCUUACGAGUACUGGACCAAACCGCAGUGUUGCCAACUUAGCGAUUUUGUCUAGCUUCUUUUUCGACAAAUCUAGCUUCUUUUUCAGCUGCUAUUGGUGACUUUUGGCGACUUUUUGAGGUGAAAGCACUAGCCUUGACCAGAGUGACGAUGACUCACUGGUUCUGUGAGCUAGGACAGUCUGUCUGUGUCUGGAGGGAGGUCUGGAGUAGGUCUAACUCUGCCAUUUAGAUUGUUAAUAUAUAUUGUACAUUGUGUGGAGGCAGUAGCAGGUGGUAGAGCGGGUUGGCUGGUAACCUGAAGGUUGUUGGUUCGAUCCCCGGCUUCACCAAGCAGAGUAUCGAGGUGUCUCUGACAAAGCACCUAUCCCUGACUGAUGUCGCGAUGUGAUGUCGAAUCCAGACAGAAGCGCCCCAAGGCCAUGAAGCGGCGAGUUGAUGAUGAUGUAUACAAAAAUAUGUUAUGUUUAAAAAUGUUCAUGUUUAAAUGAGAAACAAUUAUUUGAUUAAAUUGUAAUCUUUUUGAUUGGAUAAAACAAAAUAUUUCUGAUAUAUAUUUCUUAAAUGAGAAACAAUUGUUGGAGUGAAUCAAUAUUUUUUGUUAUGUAAUAUAGUUAUGUAAUAUAGAUGUGAACCAUUACCCUUGUUUUUUUUAAUUGGUUCAACAGAAGGCUUUUUCCAGUGUAUGUGCUGUUCCGCAACCCUGGUCAAACACACAUUCGGCCUCUGACUCUUCGUACCUUCCCCUUAAUAGAAUAGAAAGAAAUGUAUUGUUAUCCUAAAGAAUAUAACAAAAGUAGGAACUAAUUAAAUUAUUAAUUAAACUACCAAAACAAAGUAAACUGACAACAAACUCAAAACAAAAAGACUGAACUACCAGUUCUACAUAAAAAAUACAUAAAAAAAUAAUAUGAUAAUUAAAAAUGUCCUACUGUACCCCAGACAUAACCAUGGCGUUUUAUUGAUAUACUUUUUAUUGAUAUACUGGAAGACUGACAAACAAAUUGAAGUAGGUCCUUAAGAAUAAACUUGAUUCACCGGUGUUCCGGUGUCCCAGAUCACUGUCUAUAGUUCUAUUAGUUACUAUGCUGACAGCCAAUGGCAAACUUGAGUUAUUCAAGAUGCUGAAUGUCAUCUUCUUUUUUACUUUCACUCCACUCCAAUUUUAGUUAUCCCUGUCUCUUUGAGUCUUCUGUAAGUCAAAUAUUUGACAUACAGCUGUAGACAUGGUGUACAUUCAAAUGUUUGUAGUAUUGUGAAUGUCCUGACCUUUCUCCAUCAACCUGGACAGAUUAAUUCAUUGGUUGGUUAAAAAUAGAUUUGAUUUUGACAUUGUAUGCAACCGAGUAAGAGUGAAUUAAUAGUGAGUAUCAUACACAAUUUUUUAUUUUUUUUUAUCUGUACCUUGUGUGUUAUACUCUUAGGAAGGAUAACUGUCCAACCUUUAAUAUUUAAUAUCUGUAUCAAAACAUACAAGAAUUAAGAUUGGUAUAUGAUCUCAAAUUAUUUGAAAGCCAAGUUAAAAAGCUAAACUAAACAAAUGAACUGGUAAAUUGGAUGUUUAAGAAGUAGUGUCAACAUAGGUUCCGAAGUACUGUUCUGAUUGACACCACGUUAUGCUCAUGCAUACAUAGAGUUUGAGUUUACCAUGAUCAAUGCAUAUGCAUGAUCAUGCAAGAGCCAAAUAUUUAGAAUGCUAACAAAUACAUACUGCCUAUUAUAAGUCGCAUAUCUGCCGAAUGCCAUGUCCAAUAUGAGUCAGUGAAUCAGUUUUCAACACCAUUUCAAAUAUGUGACAUAAAAAUGAAACAUAUGGCGUAUUACUAUUGUGAUUAGAUUGGGGGGGGGGGUUCUUAGUAGAUUGUAUAAUGCUAUGCAAUUUAGGACUGGGAAACGGGAUACAUGCUGAGUUUAUAUUCCAUGACCUCAACAACCAUCUGUUGUCGUAGGGAUUCCAGUCCAAAAAUCUGCGAAAACAAAAAUCUGCGAAAACUUUUCUACAAGAAAAGCAGGCUGACAUAAUACUUAUACUGGUAUAGACGGAUCAGAUCACAGUUAUCCCAAGCGCAAAGACACUUGCACAUAUGUGUUGUCGUAGUGAGUUAGGAUACUACACUGUUUUACUGUUUUUUGGGACAGAUAAAUCUUCUCCAGUACCUUGGAGCAUCAUGUGUUUGAGAAUGGCCUCUAUCUUUGUUAGUUCUAUGCUAGCACUACCCGUCCUAUACUCUUAGAAUGUUUGAGAAAAAACAAAGGUUUGUUUAAAUGUACAAAAUAGGAAAACUAGUUCAUAUUAGUGUGGUGUGGCCCGGUAAGUGACAGUUUAGCUCCUAUAAAUGAAUGGUACUUGAAUAGCUGAAUAAUUAAGAGCACCACCAGCUGUGUUUAAUAUGUCAUGACAGCAUUGGGAGAUGGUGACAUAAACAUCAUAUCAAAUUAUAUGCCAUAGGCCUAUGCAACAAUUGCAGUUAUAACCAAGAAAUUAAGUAAUCAAAUAUUUUGCACCACAAUGUGCAUGCUUCUCUCAAAUGCAAUUUCAUUGAAAACACACAUGCUGAUUCUAAGCAUACAACCUGUUUUGAGACUAAAUGACCUGUUAUUUUAAAUGAAAUGUAUACAACUGCAUAACAUAUUCUUUAUUUAUCCAUGUUAAAGUUAUCGAGUCCAAAUGAUGCCCAAAGUAUUGUCAACGAGAAUAAAAAUCGGAGACGUGUGUUUGUUGUUAUCCAAUUUAUUUCUUCAACACUUUUUAUCUGAAUUGUUUUCUUCUCACUCAUGUUGAAGGAAGAAUAUGUAAGAUUUUGGCAAUAAAACAUGCAGAAACGACAAGACUUAUGUUUUAUAUUUUAUUGUCUUCUGUACUAAGAUGAUACAAAAUAUUUUCAACCAUUGCUUAUCUCAGAGAGAUCCGUAAUUUUUAAAUGGGAACCUCCCGGGCCAUUUUGUCCAUUCUUAACGGCGUAAUUUACCCUUAUGCACUAGCAUCCGGGAAAUAUCAUAAACACGGGAAACAUAGGGAGUGAGGACGGAAGUCUGAGAAUUAUGAUAGCUAUCCACUCUAUUGUUUUUUUCAUUCAAUGUAUUGCUCACUCAUGAUUAUUCAGUUCAGUUUGCCGCGACUUCUGUUGCUGAAGCUUUGUAAAGCGUUAACGUACGGGUGAAUUGGAUUUUUCCACGCCAGUCGCAGGGAGCGUGACGUCACAUACGAGCCGUGUAGUCUUUCUCACUAGCUGCGUUUACAUGGACACAUCUGAUCCGCAUAGAUUUCUAUGCGGAAUAGAAAAUGAUCAUAUAUACGCCUCAUUCGGAAUACAAUUAUCUGUUCGGCAUAGAGUUCUAUGCCGAAUAGAAGAGGUGGUGUAGUCCGUUUUAAUCGACAUGUAUACACUUAUUCCGAAUAGAUUGGGGUUUAACGAGCAGCUGCAGUAGUUCGCAAUUGGUCCACUGAGCUCCGUCGGUACUUCUAUGCACACCGAACUUGACCGCUGUCAAGGAAAGUGGAUUUAUUGAAAAACUCAGGUGAUCUGUUUUUCUAGAUGAUAUAAAAUUACACCCAUAUCAAUAAAACUGCAUGAACAACCCCUCGAACAAGUUAAAACGAUCAGAUUUCUUGGUGUAUGGCAGUUUUUUUCAGCCUUGGGGUCCCGACCCCACGUGGGGUCGCCUGGAAUUUAAAUAGGGUCGCCUGAAAUGUCUAG